GCUAUGUAGAUUCAUCCAGCAGCAUUCAGUGAUUCUGCUCAUCCUCCAUCUCCAGGUUGAAGACUUCUAUAGCCACAGCCCAGAAGUCAUCACGUCUAGUGUUGAGUUAGAACACCCUGUUCUGUUGGAGAACUGCAUGGCAUCACUCUAAAAAUAGCCACGUACAGUAGCUCAACGUUGCAACACUACAGUCCAUUACAUGUACCAUGGCCGCAAUGCCAGACGGCAUAGAAUCGUUCCGAGUGGCGGCGGAGCGGGCGUUGCGGGACCAGCGCGUGCAGUUUGACCUGAAGCAACGCGAGGAGGACUUGGUGCGUCUGCAGGCGGAGAACGUCGAGAUGAAGGCCAAGAUGAAGGAGAUGAAGGCGUCCAUGGAGGCCAACAUCGAGGACCGAGAGCGUGUGAUCAUGUACAAGGUCAAGCGCAUCGACGAGCUCCAGGACAAGCUUGCUCGGUAUAACCUUGUUUCUACGAUCGAACUUCGACUAACUCCAUGUAGCCGCGAAGAAGACGAGACCGGCCGCAUGGACCGAGCCGUGCACACCGUCACGGAGCAGCUGGGCAUUGUCACGGCGGAGCGAGACCUGCUGCGGUCGAAAUGCGUCGUCAGCGACGCGACGCUGAAGGACAUGGAGGCGUUCCAGGCGGUGAAGGGCAGCUUGGAAGCGGAGCUCGCGCGACUGCAAGCGGAAAACACGCAGAUCCAAGCGGCGUGCGCCGCGCGGCUGCGUGAGGUAGAGGUGAGCCACGUCAUGCAUCUGCAGCGCAUGAAGCGCGAGAAGGACGACGACGUGGCUCGGACACGGCGUGACAUGGAGAAGGCCAUGCUCGAUAGGUACGUAUCGUGGUCGUGGACGGUAGUCGUGGUUGAUGGUUGGCGUAGCUUGGACGGCACAACCCGCCGCGCCGUGUUGGAGAACGAAAAGCUCACGCUUGAAUUGAGCUACCAGUCGUCCAAGUUGGAGAAAAUGAUUUCGCAAAACGAAGUGUUGAAGCGGUCGAAAAUCGAAAGCCGCAACAACACUGACAUUUUGACAGAAAUGACCGAAACGUUGUCGAAAAAGGUCAAAUUUUAUGAGAAAUUGUUCCAAAAGAUGCAUCAAAAGGAACGGAUGGCUGUGGAACAGCAGCUCGUGGCCGCUCAAACCAAAGCCAACCACCAACGCGACAGAGCCAAUGUGUUGUUGUCCGCCAAACCACCCCAGCAGGCAUCCACCAUCACCUCAAACACCCCGUCGGACACAAAAAAUGGGUCGAAUUGGCAGGAAGCACUCGACACGCACUUGGUCGAGCGAUAUAAGACCAAGCGUGGCAUUGAUGUGGUGGUCCAGUACAAUCAAUUUCUCCAUGGAGGGGGACUCGAUGCGACAGCGUCCUCCUCGGCCAAGCCUAAACCCAAGACUAACAGUAAAGCGACGGCGGCACCCCCACGACCAAGUCGCCGGGCAGCGCCAGUGCACUACUCGCCCCAAGUGAUUGAAUCCAUUCGACUGCCCCACAUUGUCGACACUGGCGACAGGCCGUAUGUGCCCAAAGCAGAGUACCUCGAGUCGUCCACGUCGCAUGCGCGUCCGUCGCGGCGAACGGCUGACGGGUCCUACACUGCAAGGACCUGAGUUUUCGAAUAACUUUACUACAACCAGUCCUCCUGUGACAUGGCUCAUAACAAUAAUGUAGUUAAGGGCCUGUUCCAAGUAGAUAUUUUUAGCAAA